UUGGUGAAGGAAAAACGAUUUUUUUUAAAAAUGCCACAGUUAUCAAACGGCGGCGGCGGAGACCCGGAACUGUGCGCUACCGAUGAAAUGAUCCCGUUCAAAGACGAAGGAGACCCGCACAAGGAGCAGAUCUUCGCCGAGCUGAGCCACUCCGAGGAGGAGGGAGACCUGGCCGAUAUCAAGUCGUCUCUGGUCAACGAGUCCGAGAGCAGCCCCAACAGCAACAGUCACGACGCAGUUAGACAAUCACAAGUACCACCAGAUUCAUACCAUGAAAAACACAGAGACCAUACAGACGAUGGAAAGCAUCAAGACAUGUACAACAAAGGUCACCUCUACCCAGCCUACCCCGGUUACAUCAUGAUGAGUAACAUCAACGACUCCUACAUGACCAACGGCUCCAUCUCACCGCCCAUGCCCAGAACGUCCAACAAAGUUCCUGUGGUGCAGCCGUCACAUGCAGUCCACCCACUCACCCCACUGAUCACUUACAGUGAUGAGCACUUCGCUCCAGGAUCUCAUUCUGGACUUCAUCCACAGGACACUGGCAACAAACAAGGAAUGCACAGGCAUCACCCAGGACCAGACAUGACCAACUUCUACUCCCUAUCUCCAGGAGGAAUGGGACAGAUCACACCACCACUGGGAUGGUUCUCACACCACAUGGUGCCUGGCCCCCCAGGCCCUCACGCCACGGGAAUUCCCCACCCAGCCAUCGUCAACCCACAGGUCAAACAGGAGCCAUCACACGACACAGACAUCAUGCACAUGAAAUCUCAGCAUGACCAGAGAAAAGAGCAGGAGCCCAAAAGACCGCACAUUAAGAAGCCACUAAACGCCUUCAUGCUGUACAUGAAAGAGAUGCGUGCAAAUGUGGUGGCUGAGUGCACGCUGAAGGAGAGCGCCGCCAUCAAUCAGAUCCUGGGACGAAGGUGGCAUGCUUUAUCUCGGGAAGAGCAAGCUAAGUAUUACGAGUUAGCCCGCAAGGAACGGCAGCUCCACAUGCAGCUCUACCCAGGCUGGUCUGCUCGAGACAACUAUGGAAAGAAGAAGAAGCGGAAGAGGGAGAAGAUGCAGGAAACAGCCCCAGGUACAGGCCAGAGAAUGAAAACGGCGUACAUCUGAGAGAAUGGAGGAAAACGGAACAACUUCUCCACAUGCAAAACAAAGGCAGCAGCAACGGGCCCUCUUCUAGAGAUGGAGGCCUGUUAGAUUCCAUGAAGACCCUUAAAUCUCCAACCUGAAGCCUCCACCUCUCAGAGAACCUACCGUGUCCACAUCCUCUCCCCCAUUAUUACCCUCCUAUGCCAGCAACCCGUUCUCCCCCUUUCCUUCCACCACCACCACCUCCUCACCCCUCACUCCUCACACUCCCGUCUUAGAGGCGCCUGCUGUAAAGACUCUUUAAACGAGACAAUCAUGAUGACUAUGGAGCAUCGUCACAAAACACACCCCCUCCAGUGGACACUUUUGUCAGUUUCAUUCUAAAAAUCAGCUUUACUGCAAAUAACCAAGGCACUGCACUGAAAAACGGCAACACAUUGUGAUGUUCACACAGACGUCUCC